GAAGAGCAAGCUCUUUCAUUUCCGGUUCAAGCAGCAAGGACGUUAGCUUGUUAGCUUGUUAGCUCCUGCUGUUUGUGUACGUCAAGGAUGAGUGGCUCUGGUCAUGUUUCUAAAGUGCGGACUUUGUACAAAAGGAUCCUUGUGCUGCAUCGUUUUAUGCCGAUACAUUUGAGAGCACUAGGAGACCAGUAUGUCAAAGAAGAGUUUCGAAAACACAAGAAUGCUUCUCCUCAACAAGCCAACAACUUCAUGACAGAAUGGCAGAAGUACAAGGACAACUUGCAGUCGCAGAUCCUGGAAGCUUCAGGAAGCAAAGGCGGCUCGCUGAGUCUGGGAGUCAACAUGUCUGAGAAAGAACUGAAUGACUUCCGCCAGGAACAGAUAGGUCAACUUUACGAGCUCCUGCUGGAGUCCACCAAACCUAAUUCACAAUUUCACAUCCAGGAGGACAAGUCAUGAAACAUGAAGUAUUAUUGUUGGACUGACUGACCUCCUGAAAAGACCUGUAACUUGUGUAAGUACAAAGAGUGUAUUAUGGGUUCUUAUACUGCACCAAUAAAGUGUGUAAGUACAAAGAGUGUAUUAUGGGUUAUUAUACUAGACCAGUAAAGUGUGUAAGUACAAAG